GAUAUAACCGAUGAGAACAGAAGGAUCCCUUGCAGGGGAUUUAACUCAAAUGGUAGAGCGCUCUCUUAGCAUGUGAGACAUAGUGGGGUCAAUGCCUGCAUACUCUAAACAGUCUUCAUGUAUUUUUUACCAAUGCAUUAUGGAGAGAAAUACAAAGUGUGCCAAAGUUUUGUAAACAGAGACGCCUUCCCUACACGUGUAUUUCAAAAUACAGUCUGCUAAUAUUCCCCAGACUGAAAAACUCCAGCGUGCCCUCCAUUGCAUGUCUUCAGAGAAGCAAAAAAGGAGGUCUUUUUGUUUUUAGCAAUGGAAGUUAUUUGAGAAUAAAUAUACAUGGCUUGAAGUUUGCUUGCACUUCUAAUGUGUUUGUAAUGAAAUUUCAGUUUUAGUGGUUCACUUUUACCAGUCAUUGUUCUGUACCAAUCAACGUACCGUAAUGUUGCAUGAUCAGGAUUUUGCUCCCCGGCUUCCCAUAUGGUCUAGUCGUUAGGAUUCCUUGUUCCCUAUCUGUCACUCACUCGACAUUGUGUCGAUGUAGUGACACUAGGGGUCACUCUUGGGAGCCCGAGACACCUCUGGUCUUUGAUAAAAGGCCAAUGAAAAUUGGCGAGUGGUAUUUGCAUGCCACUCCCCCAGACAUGCAACCACUCAUUCAGAUUUUCUCUUCAGAGCCGAAUGGUCACGCUCACUGAGCUAAACUCUACUGUUCAUUCACCUCUGCUGGAUCUGAUGGCGAAUUUCAGCGGCUUCUCCCUCCUCUGCACUGGUGCACUGCAGAGAACGCCCCUGGGCGCUUUGGCAGAAAAAAAAAGAGAGUAUAUUUUCUGAUAGAGCCUUUUCCUCUAAAAGAGUAUAUUUCUCUAAAAGAGCGGCACACAUGGAACGUCUUUUUAAAGAUACGUCUUUUUAAAGAUGUAUUACCGAUUGUGUGUUAUUCCUGGUCGCGGUCGUUAUCUCUCAACUUCGGAUGGUCAUGAUCGCUGUCUUUCGUGUCUGGGCGUGACACACAUGGAGGCAGCGUUUGUGGAUGGCUCAUGUUCUCAUUGCGAGAAUAUGACCAUGGCAACGUUGUGGUCACGGCUUGCUUUUGUAAGAAAGCCACUCCAACGGCUCCCCGCCUCGGUCCUUCUACCAAUGGUUUUGAGGCCAGCUUGGCUAGCACUGGAGGCGAUUUGGGGAACCCAAUGGGAUCGCCUCCGCUGGGUAUCCCCCCGCAGACCGCCCAUUCCCCAGCACACUCGUCUGCCCCAGUCGGGCUUCCGUAUGAGUCUGCCGGCUCGUCUCACGGCAAGUCUGGCCUCUUGUUCGGAGCUCGCGAAGAUGAUGAGCUCUUGAGCGCAGCAUCAGAGAGCGGGCUUGUCCAGUCGGAUGCAGAAGCCUCAGCUGGGCUCCCCCCCAGGGAUGACUGCCCAGUCACAGGCUGAUGCCGAAAUGACGGACAUGCUUUCCCAGGCGGCCGUGAGCGUCGGGUCAGAGUGGAACCCUCUGCUCACCCCUGAACCCUCGUGGCUUGAUGAUUGGUUCCUGGGCUCGCGGCGCCGCUCAAAGCAGCCACGCCCCGCUCCAGUGCCUUUCUUCCCAGAAGUGCAUGAGGAGCUGACGAAAUCAUGGGAGGCAACUUUUACUGCCCGGCCCCGAUUCCGAAGUUCCCCUGCCCUCACUACCCUCGAUGGCGGGGAAGCCAGGGGCUAUACGGCACUCGAGGUGCACCUAUGCCCGCAGAGUGCCACCACCUGGCGCGGACGCCCUAAGCUUCUGUCCAAGCCCUGUAGGUUCACGUCAUCCCUGACAGCUAAAACCUACAGUGCUGCUGUACAAGCCACCUCUGCCCUGCACACCAUGGCUCUCCUGCAGGUCCACCAAGCCAAGGCAUUGAAAGAACUGCACGAGGGUAGUUCUGACCCAGAUUUGAUGCAGGAACUGUGCUCGGAGACCGACCUCGCUCUCCGAGCGACGAAGGUCACGGCGCGGUCUCUCGGGCGGACAAUGGCCACAUUAGUGGUCCAAGAGUGCCACUUUUGGCUCAACCUGAUUGAGAUGUGUGAGGCUGACAAGACAUGGUUUCUUGCUGCCCCCAUUUCCCAGGCUGGCCUAUUCGGCGACACCGUCGAGGACUUUGCCCAGCAGUUCUCGGCGGUGAAGCAGCAGACGGAGGCUAUCCGGCACAUCCUGCCCCGGUGCGGCUUAAGAUCCCACACCCCGUCUGCUCAACGCCAAGGGCGUCCCCCUGCAGUGACUGCACCGGCUCCGCCGCAGCCCGCCCCUUCGGCCCGGCCCCGGCGUGGAGCCCACUGCAGGAAGCAGACGCCACCCGUCUCACAGUCGGCUGCUAAGAACCCAUGGAGGUCGUCAAAGCGCCCCUGAGACAGGCAACCCAGUGAUGAAGAAACCCACUCACCUGGAGCUGGUAAGAAGACCACUCCAUCCCCCGGUGGAGGGCCGGGUGGAAAAUCUUUUGUUGCCUUUUUGUUUGAUUUCACCGCAUGCUCAAGUGGCUGCGGUACACAGAAAUUCAGCAAAAGAGCGGUUUCCUUCCUCCCUGGGUCACAUACCCUGUGUGCAUGGUCGCCAUCACGACUACCGUCCACGGGUUUUUCCUUGCAGGAUUGGCGCUCCAGCGGUGGUCUUUCCGCCCCUGAGUGCCCAGCUGUGGCACACAGCCGCCCCUGAUGUGGCAGUCUCCAUGGGUUAUGAGGACAGGCCUCUUCCUCCCCCGUCCCAGGCUGUUCCGGGGGUGGUCACAAUUAGCCAGGUAAGUGCUUCGAUGUCCCUAGACUCAGCACGGCCAUGACAUGGUGUGGCACCUCGAGCUCUGCCCCGCCGCGAGGUCCCACCUGCCGGUAUGUCCGACGAAGUUGUCCCCUUGGUCCCCCUUGCGCGGAACUUGGAUGCAUGGCUUGCGCUUUCCAAUCUGUCGUGAUGGCUGAUCUGGACUGUCCGACUCGGCUAUGCAAUUCAGUUCACCAGGCGCCCACCCAGGUUCCACUUCACCUUGGUGAAGGACGCUGCUACCUUGCACACGGAGAUCGCUACCCUCCUAUGGAAGGCCGCAAUAGAACCUGUCCCUCCGGCCAAGAUGAAGAAGGGGUUUUACAGCCCCUACUUCAUCGUUCCGAAAAAAGGCGGUGGGUUGCAGCCAAUCUUGGAUCUGCGAGUACUGAACCAGGCCUUACACAGACUCCCAUUCAAGAUGCUGAUGCAAAAAUGCAUUCUGGCGAGCGUCCGGCAUCAAGAUUGCUUUGCGGCGGUAGACCUGAAGGACACGUUCUUCCACUUCUCGUUCCUUUCUCGACACAGACCCUUCCUGUGGUUUGCAUUCGAGGGUCAGGCGUAUCAGUAUAAAGUCCUCCCUUUCGGCCUGUCCCUGUCUCCUCUUGUCUUCAUGAAGGUCGCAGAGGCAGCCCUUGCCCCGUUAAGGGAGGUGGGCAUUCGCAUUCUCAACUAUCUCAACGACUGGCUAAUACUAGCUCACUCUCGGGACAUGUUGUGUUCACACAGGGACUUGGUGCUCUCACACCUCAGCCGACUAGGGCUUCGGGUCAACUGGGAAAAGAGCAAGCUCCUCCCGGUUCAAAGCAUCUCUUUUCUCGGAUUGGAGCUGGACUCAGUCUCUUUGACAGUGCGCCUUACGAACGAGCGUACCCAGUCGGUGCUGGCCUGUUUGAAGGCAUUCAAACAGAAAACAGCGGUUCCACUGAAACUUUUUCAGAGGCUUCUGGGGCUUAUGGCAUCCUCAGUGGUAGCCACCCCACUCGGAUUGAUGCAUAUGAGACUGCUUCAGCACUGGCUUCAGACUCGAGUCCCGAGAUGGGCAUGGUGCCACGGGACACAUCGUGUGCUCAUCACGCUGGUCUGUCACCAUCUUUUCAGCCCUUGGACCGACCUCUCAUUUCUAAGGGCAGGUGUUCCCCUAGAACUGGUCUCCAGGUACGCCGUGUCACGACGGACACCUCCAAAACAGGCUGGGGCGAAAUUUGCAAUGGGCACGCGACUGCAUUGGCAGAUCAACUGCCUCGAGUUGUUGGCAAUUCUGCUCACCCUGCAGAGGUUUUGGCCGUUGAUCCAGGGCAAGCACGUGUUAGUUAGGACAGACAACACAGCAAUGGUAGCAUAUGUCAACCGCCAAGGUGGUCUGCAUUCUCGUUGUAUGUCACAACUCACCCGCCGUCUCCUCCUCUGGAGACAGCAGCACAGUCGCUGCGAGCCACUCACAUCCCAGGCAACCUCAAUACUACAGCGGACACACUGUCAUGGCAGGUUACCCUCAGGGGAGAGUGGAGACUCCACCCUCAGGUGGUCCAGCUGAUUUGGAGUUGAUUCAGAUGGGCACAAGUGGACCUGUUCGCCUCCCAAGAAUCCUCCCACUGCCUGCUCUGGUAUGCCCUCACCAAGGCCCCCCUCGGCAUAGACACGCUGGCACACAGCUGGCCCUCUGGCCUGCGCAAAUAUGCAUUCCCCCAGUUAGCCUACUUGCACAGACCCUGUGCAAGGUCAGGGAAGACAAGGAGCAAGUCAUCCUGGUAGCACCCUACUGCCCCACCCAGACGUGGUUCUUGGACCUCAUGCUCCUCGUGACAGCCCCCUGGCAAAUUCCCCUGAGGAAGGACCUUCUUUCUCAGGGAUAGGGCACCAUCUGGCACCUGUGACCAGACCUCUGGAAUCUCGAUGUCUGGCCCCUAGACGGGACGUGGAAGACCUAAGCGGUCUACCACCUGCGGUGGUAGAUACGAUCACUCAGGCUAGGGCCCCCUCUACGAGGCACCUGUAUGCCUUUAAGUGGCAUCUGUUCGCUAAGUGGUGUUCUUCCCGAUGGGAAGACCCCCAGAGAUGCACAGUCAGAUCAGUGCUUUCCUUCCUGCAGGAGAGGUUGGAAGGGAGGCUGUCCCCCUCCACCUUGAAGGUGUACGUUGCCGCCAUAGCAGCACACCACGACGCAGUCAACGGAAAGUCCUUAGGGAAGCACGACCUGAUCAUCAGGUUCCUAAGAGGCACCAGGAGGCUGAAUCCCUCCAGACCACACCUCGUUCCCUCAUGGGACCUCUCUGUAGUUCUUCAGGGUCUACAGAGAACCCCCUUUGAGCCUUUGCAGUCAGCUGAACUUAAGGCACUCUCCUUGAAGACUGCCCUCCUGACCGUGCUCACUUCCAUCAAGAGGGUAGGAUACCUGCAAGUGUUCUCUGGCAGUGAAACAUGCCUGGAGUUCGGUCCGGGCCCCUGUCACAUGAUCCUGAGACCCCGACCAGGCUAUGUGCCCAAGGUUCCCACGACCCCUUUUAGGGACCAGGUGGUGAACCUGCAAGCGCUGCCCCAGGAGGAGGCAGACCCAGCCCUGUUGUUGCUGUGUCCGAUGCGCGCUUUACGCAUCAAUUUGGAUCACACGCAGAGCUUUAGGAUCUCUGAGCAGCGCUUUGUCUGCUUUGGUGCACAGUGGAAAGGAAGCGCUGUCUCCAAGCAGAGGAUCGCCCACUGGCCCCCUGUAGGGCUACUAGCCCAUUCUACCAGGGUUGUAGCGGCUUCCUGGGCUCUGGCCAGGGGUGCCUCUCUAACAGACAUUUGCAGAGCAGCAGGCUGGGCAACACCCAACACAUUUGCAAGGUUCUACAACCUCCGGGUGGAACCGGUUUCAUCCCAGGUAGUGGCACACAAUACAAGCGGAUAAGCUCGGGAUAGCCAGCCGGGAGUAUUGCUUGCACAUAGCGCCUUCCACCUCCUUUUGAGCUGAAGACAUGCGCCAUUAAUUCCCAGUAGUGUUCACAAGCUUUGUUCCCUGGUUGACUUCCUCCGAUCCCUGUGGCAGUCGAGUUUUCGGAGAGACUCGCUGCCGGCCCAGUACACGUGCUAACUAAGAGUCCUGUUUGGGGUAGGUGCUCCGCAUGUGGCGUUCCCUGUAAGGCUAACCCCAUGUGAUAUAUAUCUUCCGCUAAUUAGUUUCCCUGUUGGCAAACUGCAUCUUCCUUGGGCAGAGCCCCUCUGCCCCAUUCUCCGUGUUUGUAGUAACUCCUCCCCCAUUGGGUAGGAUCUACCUUGAAGACUCACCACAUGGUCGGAAAGACCAUGUGACGUAUUCUUCCACUUAAAUAUCCCCCUAUCUCUUUGGGCGAGGUUUUGUCUCUACGGUUUCUUCCCCUUGGGAGGGACACCCCCUGACUAGACCUGGCGGCCCAGUCGGAUAAUCCCCCUUCUUUUUUAGGGAGUGGAAAAAGAGGGGAAAAGAGGCCACAACUGGGUUCAGCCUGUCUCUAUCUUUUGGAUAGGCGACUUGUCCCCAAUGGGCCAUUCAACACUCAUAACUGUGUUGGGGGAGGUUACGUGUCGACCUGGUGUGCUGGCUAAGAGGCACACAGUAGUCUGCCCACCACACACCGCCAGUUCACGUAACACAGUUCAGCCAGUUGUGGCAUUUCGAUUAGGGAUCCCUAGUGUCACUUCAUCGACACAACAUCGAGUGAGUGACAGAUAGGGAAUGUUGUGGUUGCUUGCAUAACCUCCGUUCCCUGAUGGAGGGAACGAGACAUUGUGUCCCACCUGCCACAAUGCUGAACUACCCGCUGAAAUGGCUGGACCUUGUCUCGGCUCCUCAGCAUAAAACCUGAAUGAGUGGUUGCAUACCAGCUCCUUUUAUACCCGUAUGUCCGGGGGAGUGGCAUGCAAAUACCACUCGCCAAUUUUCAUUGGCCUUUUAUCAAAGACCAGAGGUGUCUCGGUCUCCCAAGAGUGACUCCUAGUGUCACUACAUCGACACAACAUCUCGUUCCCUCCAUCAGGGAACGGAGGUUACACAAGCAACUACAACGUUUUCACCCAGGCGAUCUGGUUUCCACUCCUGGUAUGGGAACGUCUAUUGUUUAUUGUCUUUUAGUUGCAAAAGUGUUGUCAUGUGUAAUGUGUUUUCUUUAGGAUAAUAAAGCCACAUUUACUUGAAAUAUGAGUAUGUUAAAGAAUGUACAGACUUCAUUUUAAAUACAUGUAAUACGAUUUUUGUAUUAUUAUUAUUACUUGUAUUGAGGCAGGGAGUUUGCAUUUGUUUCUAAGCGACAAGGAAUCUGGAAUAACAUUCUCAAGGUCCCUGUCAUAUGACUCUGAAGUCAUUGUAUUUUUUCUUCCUCUUAAUUGUAAUACUUGUACUGUGAUUCCUGAAAUGUAUUUUGUUUACGACUGUAAAUCACCCUGGAUAAGGGUGUCGGCUAAGAAAUAAAUAAUAAUAAUCAAAGGUGUUUCUGACGACAUCCAGUGGAUUAUAUUUUGCAUCUUUGGGUACUGUAGUUGUUGCUUACGCCAUUUUCUUCAAUGAUGACAAGUUCAUAGCUCAGUUGGUUAGAUUGAAAGAAACUUUCACCCGGCUAGCUCAGUUGGUAGCGCAUGAGAUUCUUAAUCUUAGGGUCGUGGGUUCAACCCUGCGUUGUAGUAGGUAUUUGAGAUUGACCAGGCACCGGACACCAGGAACGAAGAUUUCUUCAAAAAGCUUUAUUAAAAUGUGCUCAAAGGAAUCAGCAGAACAGUAAUCCCACUGAUCAAGUGCAUUGUAUUUUAUACAUACAUUUACGUCACAUCGAAUGUUCUAUAGGGUUUCAUCACAGAUCACAAGACAGGUUGUUAUUCAUUACUGACAGUUCACCUGCAGUUUAGUUUUAACCAGCUGAACACAAGACACUUUCCCCUAGUCAUGCUAGAUCAGCGGUUCUCAAAUUAUGGGGCGCACCUCUCAAGGGACGCUCAGGAAUAUGUCAAUGGAGGCGCGAGCUCUGUCCUUUUUUUUGGACAGUUUGGAUGAUUUAAAUAAAAUUAUUACAUAUUGAAAAAUCUAUUAAACUUAAAAAUAACUACAUUAAAAAUAACACAAAAAGAUUUUGUUUAAUGUGCUAAUGUUCCUUAGCAACUGUGACGUGAUUUUUUUCUGGCAAGUAGUAAACUGUUAUGAGCUGCGCGCUUAGAGAGAAACAGCUCAAGUGAGAAAUGGACAGUUUUGUGACAAAGGGAGAAAAACGUACAUCACAAAGCGAAGUGAGGACAGCCGUGGAAGUUCCAGCAAAAUGCAGAAGCCAAAAAUAUGAUGAAGCUUAUUUAAAAAAGGGCUUUACGUGGAGCAGGUCCAGCGAUGCACCGAGGCCUCAAUGUGUUGUAUGCAGCGAACUACUGGCAAACAAUAAUAUGCAGCCCUGCAAGCUACAACGGCAUCUUGAAACAAGGCACCAUUCCUUAGUGUCUAAAACUGUAGAGUUUCAGAGGAAGCUCAAUGGGUUAUCAGGACAAAAAAGUUGUCGAAGUCUACAGCACUGUUAACAUGGAGGCUACGGAGGCGUCUUACCGUGUGGCUUUACGCAUUGCCAAAGCUGGAAAGCUGCACAAGAUAGGUGAGAAACUACUACUUCCAGCUGCAAUGGAUAUGUGCUCAUGAUGAUAGGAGAGAAAGCAGCAUCACAGCUAGAUGUGAUCCCACUUUCAAACUACACAGUUUCACGCUGUAUUGAGGAGAUGGCCACUGAUGUAAAAGAGCAGCUCUAGAAAGUGUUUGUCAGAACCCAUAUUUUUCAUUUCAGAUAGAUGAGUCUACCGAUAUAUCCAAUGCUGCACAGCUACUAGAGUAUAUUCGUUUUGCUACAGCAAUAGAAUUAAAAGAGGAAUUUCUGUUUUGCCGACCACUUCCAACAGGAAAAACCGGUGAAGAGCUUUUUAAACUAUUGAAUGAUUUUGUCCAAGACACUGGCUUGAUUGGGGAUGUUGUUUUGGAAUUUGCAGUGAUGGAGCACAGUCUAUGACAGGACGGCAUAGGGGGCUUGUGACAAGGGUACAAGAAGUGGCCCCCACAGCAACCUGGAAUCAUUGUAUGAUCCACAGACAGGCAUUGGCUGCUAAGAAGAUGCCAGAGGAGCUUAGUAAUGUACUUUCUGUUGCAGUGAAAAUUGUAAACUUUAUAAAGUCACACCCGGUUAAUUCAAGGAUUUUUGCCAUUCUAUGCGAAGAGAUGGGAGCAAACUUCACAAAGUUGUUGUUACAUGCAGAAGUCCAUUGGCUGUCCAGAGGAAAGGUGAUUGGAUAGAAGCAUUCAUUAACAAACUUAAACUGUGGUCUUCAUGUAUGCAGGAGGGAUCUGUUUGUAUAUUUUCAACACUGGAGGAUGUUGUGGAACAGUGUGCUGAUCUGUCAGUUGACAGUAUCAAGGACAUAAUUGUUGAGCACUUAGGGGGCCUGCAGGAGCAGUUUCGUGAAAACUUUCCUGAAGUGGGAAAAGACAAAUGUAACUAGUGGAUCAGGAACCCAUUCACCUUUAAGCCGAAACCCACAGAUGUGCUGUCUUCAAAAGAAGAGGAAAGCCUUAUCGACCUGUCAAGCGACAAUGAACUUCAGCAGAGUCUUUUGGUUAUCAGUGGGAUCUGAGUUUCUUGAGUUGACAGACCGGGCCCUGUAAUCCCUCAUUCCAUUUUCAUCCACCUACCUAUGCGAGUCCAGAUUCUCAGCAUUAACUGCAAUCAAAACAACAUCGCUCCUGCUCUAAUGCUUUGUACAGUGAGGAAACAAACACACUCCUCCCACUGAUAAGUGCUGCACUGUAAACCAGAGUACAGAAUAACUUGGGAAACGGACUAAUGAGAAACGUCUUUGUGGCACAAAUUUGACAAACACCAGUGUCUGUACAGCUCAAAAUCACAGCAAUGUGAAUACAUUUAUAUAUAUAUAUAUAUUCUUUGUUUUUUAUAUAUGUUAUAUGUUUUUUGAUAUAUUUUAUAUGUUCUUUGAUAUUUGUUAUAUGUUUUUGAUAUAUGGUAUAUGUUUUUUGAUAUUUGGUUUAUUUAUUUUUUUAUAUAUGGUAUAUGUUUUUUUUAUAUAUGUUUUUUGAUAUAUGGUAUAUGUUUUUGAUAUAUUUUAUAUGUUUUUGGAUAUGUUAUAUGUUUUUUGAUAUAUGUUAUGUUUUUUUAUAUGUUAUAUGUUUUUGAUAUAUGGUAUAAGUAUUUUGAUAUAGGUUAUAUGGUUUUGAUAUGUGUUAUAUGUUUUUUGAUAUACACUAUAUCGAUUUUGCUACAUUAUAUAUUUAGUUUGCCAUUUUUUAAUUGAAUGGCCCACCAUACGCGCAGGAGUUGCAACACUGACACAAGAUCUUAAAAAAAAAAAAAAAAUUGGAUAAUCCAAAUUGGAAGAAAAUGGGGGUAAAAAAAAUAAAUAAUUGACCAUUCCAAAAAGAUUAACAAAAAAAAAGUGAAAGUGUCUGCCAGCUUUUACUCAAAAAUGCCCAAAAUAUCUUAUAGACCUUACAAAUCACAUUCACACAGUAUAUCGGUCAAAUCAAGAGAAAUGCAGGAGACACAGCAAUGCAGUUAAUCAAAAGGUCUAUGUGUGAAAUUAAAAGCAGUGUGGCUGACAACAGCAGACUUACAACUUUAGAGUUAAAAAGAAUCCAUCAGCAAAUCAGAUAUUUCAUUCCAGUUUACUGCAUUCACAGUGACACGGAUUCUUUCUCACAAGACUGUUCUCUGCUCAUGUAAGCAAUAUUUUGGGGCUUUUCAUGCUAAAAAGCAAGGCCUUAUGUAUUGGUUUGCUGGCAUAUCUAUUGCUUUACUGGCAUAUCUGUGGGUUUACUGUGGCAUGUGUAUUUGUUCAGUGGCAUAUCUAUUGGCUUACUGUGGCAUAUCUAUUGGUUCAGUGGCAUACAGUAUGCCACAUUAAACCAAUACAAAUGCCUGCAAACCAGUUUGAAUGACCAUUGUAUGAAUGUUUUUUUCCUGAACAAUGCCUCAUAUAAAAUGAUUAAUUUAAUCAAUUAAUAGAAAUAUUUGAAUAUUGUAUUCGGUUAGCAAAUAUUUCAAAAAUUAUGGAAUAACUUUAACUAGUUAUAAAUGCUGCCAAAGCCAUUCCUAAAAGCUGCAAAGGUAACACUAACCCAACAGCAUGCCUAUUAUUUUGUUUUUAAUUUUUCCUAUGUAAGCAACUGCAAGUAUGUAUAUAUGAUAUUUGUAUAAUAAAAUAAGGGUGUUCAGUGUCAGUUCAGUCCAGUUUGUUUCCUCAGGUGGUUAGGAUAUAUUGGUUAUACCUCACUGGCUUGAUUUACAGUCAUGUAUCGUUAAGUAACGUGAAUUUGUUACUUUGUUGCGUUUUCAUUUUCCUGGGAACACCUACCUUCCCCUGAAUGCUAUGCAAAGCAAGGAAAGUUGGAGAGGGCAUCAUAUUUAAGUCUGUCACGGUAAGGCCAUGAUUCUUGUGCCUUUUAGUGUGAAAGUCCCCAAAAUAUUACUUACAUAAGCAUAGAACUGUGAAUUAAAUAAAUUGGAAUGAAAUAUCUGAUUUGCUGAUGGAUUCUUUUUAAUACAAUACAGCUCCAGACCUGUACGCAUGGAUAAUAUGCAUAUUAAACAGCUCCAGACCUGUAUGCAUUGAUAAAAUGAAUAUUAAACAGCUCCAGACAUGUAUUCAUGGAUAAUAUGCAUAUUAAACAGCUCCAGACCUGUACACAUGGAUAGGGAGGGCAUUUUUUAUUUGGCUGAAGCGAAAUGUCUUGAGUAAAUUCAAACCACACAUGGAAACUCAGCCAUUGUAAUAGAAUUGCAGUACUCUGUCAGUCCAAGAGUACUGGAGUAUAUUUCCUCUAGUUCCCUAUCUGUCACUCACUUGACGUUGUGUCGAUGUAUUGACACUAGGGGUCACUCUUGGGAGCCCGAAACACCUCUGGUCUUUGAAAAAAGGCCAUUGAAAAUUGGCGAAAAAAGGAUAAAGGAUAAAAGGAUAAAAGGAUUUUCUCUUUGGAGCCGAACAGUCCAUGCUUACUGAGCUGAAUUCCCAUGGCUGUUCAUUCACCUCUGCUGGAUCUGACGGCGCAUUUCAGCGGCUUCUCCCCCUCUGCACUGGUGCACUGUAGAGAACGCCCCUGGGCGCUUCAGCAGAAAUAAAAGAGUAUAUUCUAAAAAAGAGUAUAUUUCUCUAAAAGAGCAGCCACACAGCACAUCUUUUUAAAGACGCGUCUUUGUAAAGAUGCCUUUCCAUUUGUGUGUUAUUCCUGGUUGCGGUUGUUGAGGCAGCCCCUGCCCCAUUAAGGGAAGUGGGCAUUCGCAUCCUCAACUAUCUUGAUGAUUGGCUAAUCCUAGCUCACUCUCGGGAUGUGUUGUGUGCACACAGGGACCUGGUGCUCUCGUACCUCAGCCGGCUAGGGCUUCGGGUCAACUGGGGAAAGAGCAAGCUCCUCCUGGUUAAGAGCAUCUCUUUUCUCAGCUUGGAGUUAGACUCAGUCUCGAAGACGGCGCGCCUCACGAACGAGUGCGCACAGUCUGUGCUGACCUUUUUGAAGGUGUUCAAACUUUUUCAGAGGCUCCUGGGGCAUAUGGCAUUCAGACCGCUUCAGCACUAGCUCCAGACUCGAGUCCCGAGAUGGGCAUGGCACCGCGGGACACAUCGCGUGGCCAUCACGCCGGUCUGUCACCGCCUCUUCAGCCCUUGGACCGACCUCACAAGCGUUUCCCUAGAGCAGGUCUCCAGGCGCAUUGUGGUUACGACAGACACCUCCAAAACAGGCUGGGGCGCUGUAUGCAAUGGGCACGUAGCCGCCGGCUCCUGGACGGGCCCGCGGCUACGUUGGCACAUCAACUGCCUCGAGUUGUUGGCAAUUCUGCUUGCCCUGUGGAGGUUUCUGCCAUUGAUCCAGAGCAUGUGUUAGUUCGGAUAGACAACACGGCAAUGGUGGCAUACAUCAACUGUCAAGGAGGUUUAUGCUCCCGUUGAAUGUCACAACUCGCCCGCCGUCUCCUCCUCUGGAGUCAGUAGCACCUCAAGUCGCUGCGAGCCACUCAUAUCCCGGGAAACCUCAACACUGCAGCAGAUGUUCUGUCACGACAGGUUACCCUCAGGGAAGAGUAGAGACUCCACCCUCAGGUGGUCCAGCUGAUUUGGAGUCGAUUCAGGCAGGCACAGGUAGAUCUGUUCGCUUCCCAAGAAUCCUCCCACUGCCCGCUCUGGUACACCCUGACCGAGGCACCUCUCGGUAUAGACGUGCUGGCACACAGCUGGCCCCCUGGACUAUGCAAAUAUGCGUUUUCCCCAGUAAGCCUACUUGCACAAACCCUGUGCAAGGUCAGGGAGGAUGAGGAGCAGGUCAUCCUGGUAGCACCCUAUUGGCCCACCCAGAAAUGGUUCUCAGACCUCACGGUCCUCGCGACAAAGGCGAAUUCCCCUGAGGAAGGACCUUCUUUCUCAGGGACGGGGCACCAUCUGGCACCCGCGACCAGACCUCUGGAAUCUCCAUGUGUGGCCCCUGAAUGGGAUGUGGAAGACUUGAGUGGCCUAUCAUCUGUGGUGUUAGACACAAUCACUCAGGCUAGGGCCCCCUCUAUGAGGCGCUUGUAUGCCUUGAAGUGGCAUCUGUUCUCUAAGUGGUGUUCAUCCUGACGCGAAGACCCCCAGAGAUGCGCAGUCGGAUCGGUGCUUUCCUUCCUGCAGGAGAGGAUGGAAGGGCGGCUGUCCCCCUCCACCUUGAAGGUGUAUGUAGCCGCCAUAGCGGCACACCGCGACACAGUGGACAGUAAGUCCUUAGGAAAGCAUGACCUGAUCAUCAGGUUCCUGAGAGGCACCAGGAGGUUGAAUCCCUUCAGACCGCACCUCAUUCCCUCAUGGGACCUCUCUGUAGUUCUUCAGGGUCUACGGAGAGCCCCCUUUGAGCCCCUGCUGUAAGCUGAGCUUAAGGCACUCUCUUUAAAGACUGCCCUCCUGACUGCGCACACUGCCAUCAAGAGGGUAGGAGACUGCAAGCAUUCUCUGUCAGCGAAACUUGCCUGGAGUUCGGUCUGAGCUACUCUCAUGUGAUCCUGAGACCCCGACCUGGCUAUGUGCCCAUGACCCAUUUUAGGGACCAGGUGGUGAACCUGCAAAUGCUGCCCCAGGAGGAGGCAGACCCAGCCCUGAUGUUGCUGUGUCCAGUGCGCAUUUUACGCAUCUAUUUGGAUCGCACACAGAGCUUUAGAAUCUCUGAGCAGCUCUUUGUCUGCUUUGGUGGACAGCGGAAAGGAAGCGCUGUCUCCAAGCAGAGGAUCGCCCACUGGCUCAUUGACACCAUAACAAUGGCAUAUCACGCCCAGGAUGAGCUGCCCCCGGCAGGGCUACAAGCCCAUUCUACCAGGAGUGUUGUGGCCUCCUGGGCCUUGACCAGUGGCACCUCUCUAACAGACAUUUGCAGAGCAGCGUGCUGGGCAACACCCAACACCUGUGCAAGGUUCUACAACCUCCAGGUGGAACUGGUUUCAUCCCAGGUAGUGGCACGCAACACAAGCGGAUAAGCCCGGGAUAGCUGGCCGGGUGUAUCGCUUGCACAUAGCACUUUCCACCUCCCUUUGAGCUGAAGACGUGCGCCAUUAAUUCCCAGUAGUGUUCACAAACUGUGUUCCCUGGAUGAUUUCCUCCAAGUCCUGUGGCAGACGAGUUUUCGGAGAGACUCGCUGCCGGCCUAGUAUACGUGCUAACUAAGAGCCCUGUUCUGGGUUAGGUGCUCCGCAUGUGGCGGUUCCCCGUAUGUUAACCCCAUGCGAUGUAUAUCUUCCGCUAAUUCAUUUCCCUGUUGGCAAACUGCGUCUUCCUUGGACAGAGCUCCCUCUGCCACAGUCUCCAUGUUGGUAGUAACUCCUCCCCUGUUGGGUAGGAUCUACCAUGAGACUCUCCACAUGGUCGGUAAGACCAUGUGAUGUAUUUUUCCACUUAAAUAUCCCCCUCUCUUUGGGCGAGGUUUGGUCUUCGUGGUGUCCUCCCCUUGGGAGGGACACCCCCUGACUAGACCUGACGGCAAAGUUGAAUAAUCCCCCUUCUUUUUUAGGGAGUGGAAAAAAAGAAGUGGAAAAGAGGCCACAACUGGGUUACACUGUCUCUAUCUUUUGGGUAGUUGACUUGUCCCCAAGGGCUGUUCGACAAUCAUAACUAUGUUGGGGGAGGUUACAUGUCAGCCUGGUGCGCUGGCUAUGAGGCACACAGUCGUCUGCCCGUCACACACUGCCAGUUCACAUAACACAGUUCAGCCAGUUGCGGCGUUUUGGAUAGGGACCCAUAGUGUCACUACAUCAACACAACGUCGAAUGAGUGACAGAUAGGGAACAUCCUGGUUAC